ACCGAAUCAGCCGACUUGUCACGUGAUUUGAAUUGGGUAAACAAACACGGUGGCGCGUUUGACAAGUGACUCGUGUUUUUUUCAAUCACUCUUUUAAAAUGGUUCAUUGUUGCUGUGUACGGGACUGUAAUAAUAAUUCUACGGUCACUGGUUUAUCGUUCCAUAAGUUCCCUGACGAUCCCUCACUAGCCAAGAUUUGGACAAUAAAGAUUAAGAGAAAUCAUCCAAAGGAUAGUUUUAAAGUUGGAGAACACACUAAAGUGUGUUCAGAACAUUUUUUAGAGACAGAUUUUAUCAAUUCUUUCAGCACGAAACGGCGACUACAAGCUGAGGCUAUUCCUUCAGUGUUUGCUUGGUCUAAGCAAGUUGUCGCUAGACCUUUUAUCAAAAAGARAAGAAGAUUGGAAGAGGAAAGGGAGCUAGCAUUGGCAGAGCAAACAGAAACAGCUUCAGAAGGGGAGGAAACUUUGGAAGUGGAAAGUAAAAAGAACAGGGUUUCACGAGGAAUUCAAGUAGACCGCGAUACUCCAUGUUUACACCGAUUUUCACUCGAAACUCUCUUGGAAAUGGCUGACACGACAAAGAAAAAAACAGACUACAUAAGUCAUCUCACUGGCUUUAAGUCAUACGAACGAUUCAUGGAGGUGUUAGAAUUUGUCCUUCCUGGUUUAGAUAGAAGUAAAAUCAUCUACUGUGACACUGUGGCAGCAAGUGAAACUCAAAUUGACAUGUCUGUACUGUUUGACAGUGACAAGACAACUGACAGUAGUGAAGAUUCACAGCUUGUUGAUUCUGAAAAUACUGAUGAUUUACUAGAAACCAAUGCACGGGAUCAUAAACUACCAGUUGAGGAUGAAUUCUUGAUGUUUAUGAUGAAGUUAAAGCUUGGCUUGACUAACUUAGAUUUGGCCAUAAGAUUUUAUAUUUCACAAGGCAGGGUAUCGAACCUAGUGAAUUCAUGGCUGAUAUACUUGUAUACCUUCUUUGGAAAGCUGAAGAUAUGGCCACAUCGUGAUGUCAUCAUUGAACAAAUGCCUUCAAAGUUCAAGGAAGAAUACCCAUCAACUAUGAUCAUAAUAGACUGUACAGAAUUGAAGAUAGAGUGCCCAUCAUCGUUGCUGAAACAGUCUGAGACAUAUUCUAACUAUAAAUCUACAAACACUGUCAAAGGUUUGGUGGGGGUUGAUGCUAAGGGUGGUAUAAUGUACGUAUCACACUUAUAUACUGGGCUUAUUUCAGACAAAGAAAUAGUCAAACGAAGUGGAUUUAUGAAGCUUUUGAAGAGAAAGAUAGAUGUUGGAGAGAUCCUAAGGGGAGAUAGCAUUAUGGCUGAUAAGGGUUUUGAUAUUAGUAGUGAGCUUUCUGAGAUUGGCCUAAAUUUAAACAUCCCUCCUUUCCUACGGGACMAGUCUUCAUUUAGUGAGGAUGAUGUCAUUAGAACCCAAACCAUAGCCCAGCAUAGAAUACACAUUGAGAGAGCUAUAGGCAAGGUAAGGCGGUUCCUUAUAUUHGCAAAACGACUGCCUGUCAGUAUGCUAGGUAAUGUUAAUCAGUUGUGGAGUGUUUGCUGUAUGCUUUCAAAUUUUAUGGACCCCAUAUUGUAAAGUGGAGAUCAGAAUAAAAAAGAAGUAUGUUCUUGAUAA